GGAAACUAUAGUUAUCAAAACACAGACCUUGUUUUAGCAAAUAAUUCACGGGCGCUGUGCAAAGUUCUUCUCCGUGGUAAUGCUGAGGAGCGCGUUUAGAAGAGUUUCCCUGAACCCUCUUAGUGGCCACAGAAAUAUGUCUCAAAGCAGUCUUGCUGGAAAAGUGGCCAUAGUAACUGCUUCAACGGAUGGAAUUGGUCUGGCUGCAGCUCAGGCUCUCGGUAAAAGAGGGGCCAAGGUCAUGGUCAGCAGCCGCCGACAGGCCAAUGUAGACAAAGCUGUAGCCUUACUGCAAAGCCAGAACAUCCAAGUGACUGGUACCACCUGUAACGUUGGCAAGAAGGAGGACCGAGAUAAAUUGGUGCAGAUGACGUUGGACCACUAUGGGGGCAUCGACAUUUUGGUGAACAAUGCAGCAGUUAACCCUUUUUUUGGAAACACUCUUGACACCACUGAGGAAGUAUGGGACAAGAUUCUGUCCAUUAAUGUGAAGUCAUCUUUCCUUAUGACCCAGUUGGUUGUGCCCCACAUGUCAAAAAGAGGUAGCGGGAAUGUAGUAUUUGUGUCCUCUAUUGGCGGUUACCAACCAAUGCAGGGUCUGGGUCCAUACAGCGUCAGUAAAACAGCCUUGCUUGGUCUGACCCGAGCCCUCGCUCCUGAACUGGCUCACAAUAACAUCAAAGUCAACUGUGUGGCUCCAGGCGUCAUCCAAACCCGCUUCAGCUCAGCACUGUGGCAAAAUGAGGAUAUUAUGAAUGAAUUCAAAAAACAACUCAGUAUCAAAAGAAUUGGACAGCCGGAGGAAAUAGGCGGAGUCAUUGCCUUUUUGUGCACAGAUGAGGCGUCGUACAUCACUGGCGAGACGAUCACAGUCACGGGAGGGAUAGCAGCGAGACUAUGAUGAUUCGAUUGCCAAAAUGAAACUGCAAUUUAUUGUCUUUCAACACAAUGCACAGCCUUUCCUGCCAGGACUAAGUGAAUACAGUGGUGAUUUAUACAUACACAGUGUGUGCAGGCUAAAAUAUAGAGUUCUGACUUCUUUGAUUACGGUGUCCUGUUGAGUCCAACUGGUUUACCAUAUGCUGGCAAUAAAAUAUUUUAAUAAAACAUCUGUGGAAGGAAACAGUGAGGUUAAACCAGUGGAGUUCAUUCAGUAACCUGAGAGCGUCUUGGCUUCUGUCACGCACAGGUUUUUCCCCCUCUGAUGUGGAACACAGCACAGCCACAAUGUUUGGGUCAGUGGCACAGCAAGAGGAUGUUCGGUAGUCUGAUGAGUGCUGCAUUUGGGUUCCUGCUAGCUUUGAUCAGGUUUCCUCUGUAGGUAAAACCACACCGAGCAUUUGCUAACCCAGAAACAAGGACACCAGGGAUGACAGAAGGAUGAGAAGUCUAAGGGGAGUAAUGCCCCCCCCCCAUUAAAACGCAAUAAAAACACAAUUUAUUAACAAUAAUUGCAACACAAUCCAUGGAUAAUGAUCUCCGUACAGAUAAUGGUGAAAAUCCAAAGCAGUCCAAGUUAGUGCUGAUGACCUCUGAAGACCUGACGUGCUCAGGCCUGUUUCCAGUCAGCUGGGAUGUAAUAUGGCCACUCAUCAUCUGUGUUUACGUUUAAGAAACGUGUCCGGCUGAGUGGUGCAUGGUCUCCAAAACUCCCUCAGAGUGGGAACAUAUGUGCCGUGCCGGGUUUUGUAAUAGCGCUUCGAGAACAGCUGUGGGAGACAAGAGAUCCAAAAUAAGAACAAUGAGCGUUGAAGAUGUUGCCUCACUAAAUAUAGUUUGUUAACCAUCAAAUGUGUUAAAAAUGGAAAAUUAGAAAUUAACUAUAUCCAUGAGACAUAAAGUUCCUAUUUUCCUUUUGCUUGAAAGACUUUUUGAUGAGCACAUACGGUAAACCUGCUUAUUUACUGCCAAGUUGCAUGAUUACAGCUUGAAUGGGACGACCAGCUCCCUCCCUUUGGUCAACCACUUCAUCUGUGGGGCAUUACAUUCGUCCCCCAAACCAAAAUGAAGCUAUAAUCCUUCCUCUGGUCCUGACAUGUGCUUUUCCCAGCUGGAAACCUUUAAAGCAAGGAGGUCAAUUCACCUCCCUGCAAGAGUCCCAAAUCAUCUUCACAACCUAAACCAAGAAACAGAAACUGUACUUCAAGUCUCUGGCAGAUGUCACUCAUUUCCAAGAAAAACAGGAGCCUGCUUAAAUUGGAGCUCUUGCUCAUUUGAUGACGUUUCUUCAACAAGUUUUCCUUCACUGCCAUACAGAAGCAUCAAAUUCUAUGCACCUCCAUAUGAAGGAGAAGCAGCACUUGCUUCAAGUUCAAGUGAAACCAGUGGGCGAGUCCAUUGGAAGGUUCAAAUUCAGCUCAUUCAUGAUGGGUAAUCACGGAGGUGGUUGAAGGGGCUAAAGCUGCCACUACCAGUGUGAACGUAGUAUGAAAGAACAGUUUCCAUGAAGCACUUUGGUUAUCUAGAAAAGUGCUACACAAAUGGAAACCAUUACUUCCUCACUGAAUCAUUCUAGAAGCUAAGAUACUCCAGCGUCUGAUCAUUUGUGUACUGUCCAUAACCCGCUCUAAAUGAAAAACAGAUUACAUUCCAAGUGUGCUUUGCUUCACAUAUUUUCAUGGUCACCAAUGACACAGACCUUGGUCCGAGUUCUGAUAUGACACCUCUGCUUCUCAUUAUCACGAAACUGACUGUGAAGGCAAAGUAAAGCAAAAGACGAUGUGUCAGAAACGUACCCGGCCCUUGAAGUUCUUUGAUGCCUCAUCUUCAGAGUCUGCCACAUAAUCGUCAGCAUCGCUGGUCAAGCUGGACAACUCUGAAAAAGAAAACAUCCCAAUCAAGACCAAAAUAUUCCAAGUUGAUUUGACUGCUUUCAAGAUGUGCGUUUACCUGUGCCAUUCUGCAGCAGCGGAAACGAAGGGUCUUUGAUGACAGGAUGAUUUCUGCCAAAGAACAGGUUGCCAAGUCAGUUACUCUCCCCUAGUGCCAAGAGCACUUAUCUUUUCUACAGUCUAAUGGAGGAGCCAUGUAAAGACCUUUAAGAGUCAUACUGAACUCUGACUUUUGAACUGUAGAUUUAGUACUGUAAAAGAUCACUUGAAUAAGUCUUUUCCUUAUCAAUUCAAGUGGUCAACGCUCAGGGGCCAAAUCAAACCAAUCAAAGCCAUGUCAUGUGGCCAGCAAGAGCUUUGAAGACAGUCCGUAAUUUGUGCAACAUGACUUCCUCACAAAUGUUCCAAAUACUUGGGCUAAUGCAAACACCUUACUCUUUAUUUUUGGAGCCGGGGAAACAAGUGUCCUGCGUUCGAUGGGUUCGACUGAGGGGUUUGCAAGUGGAAGCUGAGAUGCUGUAUCUUGUGCCUCCAGGCCUGCUGGAGAUCUUUUUCCUUGGAGAUGGCAGAGAAGCAGGAGAUACUCUCUUGAUGACAACUUUAGCCUUUUUGUUGAGACAUGACAGGAAAAUGGGGCGAAGGGACGGAUCAUCCGGCAUGUACAGCAUUGUUUCAGAACUGGACAAGGUCUUUUUAGAUUCCUGGAGAGUGACAUUACACUCGACAUUCAUUUCACCCUCUUCAUCAGCUUGAACUCUACUUUGCUCAAAUUUCCGCUUCAUUCCUCGCUUUCUGCCUUUCUGCAUCAGGCCCGGCCUAUCAUCUUUGGAUUUUGGCAAAACUACCGUGAACCUGCCAGUGUUUUUUUCUGGAGUUGGUUUGGAACCUGCUGCCUCACAGGCUUUCUGCCGUCUCGUCCGCACAGAAACCAUCACUGGAACAUCCUCAUUUGAUAUUGAUCCAAUAACUGGCAAGA